UACUUAAGACCUCGUCUGCUUGCUCUUGCUCGUUCCUCCUUUCAAGGCAGCUUGAAUUCACGGUUGUGGGAGCAAUAGAAGUGGUUCAGAAAAGUCAGCCACUGGACAGCGCAUAUUCGCCCCCCGGAGUCAUUGACGCUCUUAUCUCUCUCUCUCUCUUCUCAUACGAGACCACCUAUUCACUCGAAUAAAGACAGAAAAAGGAACACCAUCGCAUUCAGCCAUCAUGUCCGAAACAGCCAAUUCACCUCCUCAAUCUCUCCCUUCCUCACCAUCAUUCAGCGCCAACCGAUCAUCCUCCAAACCACAACUCACCCUGGACCUAUCCAACCUCCCGCCCCUAUCGAAACCAACACCACCAUCAAACACCCUCCUCAUAACCGACCUGCACGACCUGUACCUCUUCCAACCGUCCUCCCUAGCGGAGAUCCGCACGCAAAUCACAGCAGUCGCCCCCCUAAACUCCUUCUCCCCACUACCCUCUCUCCGCCGAAUUGUCUGCUCCUUCUACUCUCCCGACGACGCCAUCCGCGUCCGCCAGACCCUAGAAAGCCAGCGUCUGUUGGACCGCAAUGUCCGCAUGAAGAUCUACUUCGGUGAACCCACCCCCAUCAUGGACGACGAGGAGGCUCGUCCCAGGCUCCUCGAAGCCCCACAGGUGGAUAAGCUGUUCUUUAUCAGUCCGCCCCCCAGUCCGCCACACGGGUGGGUGUUGAGGAACGAGGACCCGCCGAAUAAGGAGGUGCAUGCCGAUGAUCUCGUAGAGGCGUUGUCCAAGUUGAAGACCAGGACGGAUACGUUUUCUUCUUUCCCUUCGUCGUCUAGUGAGGUUGCUGAACCCCCCACCCCGGCAUCAGUGUCCGGGAAGCAACAGAAAACUCAGCGGAGCAGGAGUAGUACCAUUAUUUACAAUCCAGAGGAUCAUGGGGGUAGUCCCGGUCUUCCCGCUGUCAUGGUUGAGGAUACGAGCUUUGGCUUGGAGUUAGAUUUCUCCGAUAUGGAGAUGAGUCCUGUCGAGAUGGAUGCGAAGAAGGUCUUCCAGCGGACUACGCGGCCCCCUGUGGAAUUGAUGGAGUGAGAUUCCUGAAUUCCUAAGUUACAGUUUUUUUUUGUUUUUUCUUUUUUGUGGGUCGUCCUUUAAAUAAAAACAUAUUGGACGGACUUUCUCAUUGAGAUUGCAUUUCAUACGUCGCUGUCACUACUUGCAUGGCGUUCUUGGGAUAGGGUUUGGUUUUUGUGUACGUCCAUUUUCCUUUCACUUUUCCCCUUUCUGGAGCCUAAGACUCGAGGUUUAGAUGUUACGCGUCUAAGAAGAUCCGGCGUUACUUAUAUAUUUAUACGUGCAUGUAUACAUACGUUUAGGGGAGAGAUAGAAGAUGAUAAUAGCGAUAAUCAGAAUGGUCAUGCAAAUGGAUUCUCUCGAGUGAAGUAGAUUUGUUUCCCAGAAUCAGGACAAUGUAUAACAAGGACUUCAUUUGGAAGACUCAUCAUUCAAAAUGAGGGUAGAUAGUUAGAAAAGUGGAUGAUGGUAUGAGUAUUCGCAAGAACGGCACAUAAUGCGUCAUUAACUUGAGGACUAUAUAAAUACGUGGCUACUUUCCCAUCAGUCGAACAGCACGACGGCACUUUCUUUGACCACACUAGGACCAAGAACGGCGGCGAGUUCCGCAACGAUCCCUUUAACGGAUUGGGGAUUUUGAAUAGGCAUUCGUUCCCAUCCAACAAGGUCCUCAAAUGAAAUCAUUAGACAAUAUUCGUGUUAAAAGAGCGUCAGACGCAUCACUUACAAUCAUAUGAACAAGGGUACCA